AUGUCCGUCACCACCAAGGCCACCAUCGCCUCAUUCGGCGGCAAGCUUCUCAAGCUGAGCCACAAUGCCACCACUACAAACUGCGAAAUGUCCUUCAACCUCUACCUGCCCCCACAAGCCCAGACCCAGAAGGUCCCCGUACUGAUUUACCUGUCCGGUCUGACCUGCACCGCCGAUAAUUGCUCUGAGAAGGGCUUCUUUCAGCACGGCGCUGCCAAGAAGGGUAUCGCUGUGCUUUAUCCGGAUACUAGCCCUCGCGGUCUUAACAUCGAAGGCGAGAAUGACGCUUAUGACUUCGGCUCCGGCGCCGGAUUCUACGUCGACGCUACAAAGGCCCCUUACAACGCCGGCUACAAUAUGUACAGCUAUGUCACCGAGGAACUGCCCAAGACUGUCUUCGCUGAGUUCCCUCAGCUCGACGCUGGCCGUGUCAGCAUCACUGGCCACAGCAUGGGUGGUCACGGUGCUCUUACCCUGUUUCUCCGCAACCCAGGCAAAUACAAGUCCGUCUCCGCCUUUGCCCCCAUCACAAAUCCCAUCAACUGCCCCUGGGGCCAGAAGGCCUUCAAGGGCUACUUCGGCGACGACCAGCAGGAUAAGUGGAAGGAGCACGAUGCUACCGAGCUCCUGAAGAAGUGGUCUGGUGGUCCUCUUGAUAUCCUCAUUGACGUGGUACGUCUACCAUCCACUCCCUUCCUUUCCUCACUAUCUUUCUUUUCUCCGCUUGCGUACUCAAUGCUGAUUUCUAUGAUUCAGGGAACCGGCGAUAACUUCUACAAGCAAGGCCAACUUCUGCCCGAGAACUUCGAGGCUGCAGCCAAGGAGGCCGGACAGAAGGGUCUGAACGUGCGAUACCAGCCAGAUUACGACCACUCUUAUUACACGAUGGCUUCGUUCGCUGAUGACCAUGUCGAGCAUGCGGCGAAGUACCUCUUUGCAUAG